AUGGAUCUCACCAGAGACUUUUUGCAAAUCGGCCAAAACCCCAGUCCCCCCCGGUCUCCGGACCUGAGUGACGAGCUGUUUGAAACUUUCUUUGACCUGCGGAAGUACUUCGAGGACAGGGAUCCCUCGGACAAGCAGGCCCACCUGGCCACCCCGCAGCACCUUAACGAGCUCAUCACUGGCAUCCGCCCACUCAUUGAUAGCAUUGAGUCUCACCCAUUCUUGAGCAUGGGCAAUUCCUUUGGUUCCGAUGAUGAGGCCACCGCCUCGCCCGGAUACUCGAGCCACCCCUCCCCACCUGAGCUUGUUCAGGGCGAGGGUAGCACCUCCCCCUCUGAGCAUUCCGGCCCCACCUUCCCAGAGCAGCCCGAGUCGUACAAGCCUCAUGCUGCGAGCCUCCAGGAAAUAAGGAACCAUGACGACCAGUGGACAUAUCCGCAGGCAUACUCGUCCGAUUCCCCGGCCUCAACCCAGCACCGCAUCAUCCACCAUGAUGUUGCUGCCGUUCCCAGCCAGGCCGCCAACCGCGGUCCUCAACCUGGGGGCCCUGCAGCCAUCGGCUCUCAAGUGGCUGGUAAUAAGCGUCCAAGGCAGCUAGAGAACCCGGACCAGACGGCCGAUGUUCGCAAGAGUGGAGCAUGCUUGCCAUGCCGGAUCUCCAAGACACGGUGCCACGAGAAUGGUGUCUGUCCCGCGUGCAGGAAGGCAUUCCCGGACCAUUCGCACAUGGUCUGUGGUCGAAAGAGCCUGGUCGAAUUGUGGCCUGCUAUCAAGAAGGGUGAAGAUUUUUGGGCAAGCAGCCGGGCCAAGGAGGCGCCCUUCCUCACUCAGACCCCGCGUGUCUUCACCGGAAAGCCAAAGCCCAUCUCCGUCUUCUUCUCCAGGGAGACCGAGUCACCGGCACUGAGUGCCUAUGUUCAACCCUAUCGAUGGCAGGACGAGGACGAGGACAGUCAGCUCGAGAAGGCUGCCUUCUGCCGUGACUACCCUCCCAAGCAUGAAGAGCUCCAGAAGUGGGUGGAGAACAGGAUCCAACACGAGCGUGGGUCGGAGUUCCCCCAAGUCUUGCAGAGGUUUCUCAUGGCGUACUCACGGGAAGGCAGUGGUCUGCCCAAGCACCGCUUGGUCCAGAAGGUCCACCAGAUGUCGUGCUUCUUUCGUAUCUGGAAGACGCCGUCCUUUUGGUGCCGCGACCCAACUGGCAAGAUUGCCAGCCUGCCCAUCUCGGUGCAGGCCCAGCUGAGGGCCAUUGCCCUGCGUGGGAUCAGCUCCGUUGAGCACGACGUACUCAAGGAGCUGGAUGGCCUGACAACACCCUCGCAUCAGCCAGGGCCCGACGACAAGCUGGCCGUGUGGGCGAGCAUGUGGCAACUGAUACUCAUCUACCGCGAGAUGACUGCCGCCGCGAGGAACUGCCUCAGCAUGUCCGAGAGUAGUCCUAGCGACCCCCACAGCCUUGCACUGCAGUCUCAAUGCAGGUUCUUUCUGGACUGCUUCUUCCCUCAGGUGACCAUCUUCUACCACUACCAGUUCCGCAACAAGAAGAGUCUCGAGGUGUCGCUUGAUUGGCUGAAUGCGCCUAAGUACGCCAGUCGCCUCCGCGGCAGUGGCAAGGGCAUCGAGCAAGCGGGUAAGGCAAUGAUUGACUGCCGCAAGAAGUUUCUGCAAACCAUCCAGUCAUCUGAUAACGAGGUGGACCGUCUGCUGUGUGUCUUUGUGGUCAACCACGAGCUCAAGAAGCUCAACGCCAGGAAGCGUACAUCGAAACCGUCAUCCAAAUCUAAAUCAUCUGCUCGUGAUGAAGAUGAUGACUGCGGCGAUUGA